AUGUACACCAACAUUCCCACGAGGACAGCCAUCACCAAGAUCUCAAAGUGGCUCAAAGACAACCAAGAACAGUUCCCAGACCUGCCCACCAAGGCAGUCCUCAAGGCACUGAUUCUCAUUAUGGAGUGGAGCUUCUUCCACUUUGGUGACACCACAUGGCGGCAACUCAAGGGCACUGCAAUGGGAGCCCCACCAGCCCCACCCUAUGCCACCAUCUACUUUGCCAUCCUGGAGUCCAUUCUGCUUCGAUCCUUCAUGGAUAGUCUUGCAGUUCUGCAGCUCUACAGGAGAUACAUCGAUGAUGUCUUCGGCAUAUGGCACUGCCGAAUGGAAGACAACCAGCUCCUGUGGGAGGGCUUCCAAAAGGCAAUGAACAACAAUGAGUACAAGUUGCACUGGGAGUUCACUGCACUCUCCAGUCAGGUGGAUUUCAUGGACAUGACAAUCACCCUCACACAUGACAACAAACUGGUCACCACACUGUAUGAGAAACCAACCAACUUGUAUCUCUAUAUCCCAUCCCACUCCUGUCACCCACCAGGCCUCCUGUCUGGAGUGGUCAAUCACCAGGGCAAGGGCCUACACUGGCCCCCAGCCCAACAACAACAAGAGGGACACCAUGGGAAUCCAGUUGCUGCACCUGGAAUACCAUCCCAAGGAUCCCCCAUCAAAGGUCUUCCAGCAAGGCUGGAGGGAUUGCAUUGCCAAUCCUACGAACCUGAUGCCCUUCAAGCAUCUCCGGAUCCCACACACAGUGGGCCCCAUGCGAGGCAACAUGCCAAUGGGACUGGAUAG